GUCAUUUUUUUGCUGCAUUUUUGGACUUGUGCAGAAAGUUGAGCAGAGGUUGAGCGGGGACUGUUUUUUCGAGGGAAGAAUCGAAGCGGAAUGACCAUCAGACACCACUAAAACAGCAGGAGGAGGAUGUCUGCGGAAGUGGACCUUCUUCUGCAGGAGGCCAAAGAGAGCAUCGAAGCAGCUCAGAACUAUCGCAGCGAACUCCAGCUGAGGCUCCAUGGACUCAACCAGGCACGAAAACAGGUCCGUGGCAGCUCGAGUCAGGCGCGUGAGGCUCUGAAGAGACACUUCUCUGAGCUUCAGUCUUCGGCCUCUCGUCUUCUGGAGGAGAGACUGUCCGCUCUGCUGCUGGAGGUCGACUCCAUCGAGGCCGAGAGCAUCAAACCUCUGGACGACUGCCAGGCCCUGAUCGAACACGGGGUGGGGCAGGCCGACGAGCUGCUCAGAGAGGGGGAAGCGGCUCUGAGGUGUGGUCUGGGCGAGAAGGAAGACAAAUUGGGCAGCUUCACCAAAAAGGCUCUGCACAUCCAGCUGGAUAGUCUCCCGGAAGUCCCUGCUCUGGUGGAUGUGCCAUGUGUCUCUGCCCAGCUCGAUGACUCCCUCUUGGGGGCGCUAAAGGAGAGAGUGUCGCGACAUGGGGCCGUCUCCUCUUACCCUCCGGUGCAGAUAGAGGAGCUGCAGGAGCGGCCGGGCGGGGUACUGGUGCGAUGGUGCAAGGUGGACGAGGACUUUGCAGCUGCAGAUUUCCGGUUGCAGUGCCGGCGUUCGGGCACCGGGGGGAGCCAGUAUGAGGAUGCGUACAUUGGCAGAGAGCAGGAAUUCCUGGUGCUUCAUUUAGACGCACACACAGAUUAUCAGUUCAGAGUGAGCGCCCGAGGAGAGGGACGGACCGAGUGGAGCCCAUGGAGCAUUCCUCAGACAGGCUCCACCACACUGGCUGCACACGAGUGGUGUCCUGGGACAGAGGGCUACGUGCUGAGCUCCAGGAGGAACAUCGCACUCAGAAACGACUCCGUGUCUCGCUGCUGUGUCCUGUACUCCAGAGGCCCCACCUACUUCUGUGGACAGACCCUCACCUUUAAGAUCAGUGCUGUGGGGGCGCUGGAUCACAGGGACAGUCUGGGGGUCUGUGUAGACGACAGCAGAGGAGAGGAGUCUCUGCAGAGGGACCAAGCCGUCUGCAUAUCCACCAAUGGUGCAGUGUUCGUUAACGGUAAAGAGAUGACCAAUCAGCUGCCGGCGCUGGUCUUGGGCGCGGCUGUGACCUUUGACAUGGAGAUGGUUAGCGUCCAGCCCGGUCUCCACGGCGACGGGGCGAGCGUGGCCAAACUGCGUGUUACGAUUGGCUCAGGGAACAGGGAAGUGGUCUUUGAUUGGCUGGUGGAGCACAGCCUGGACGCGCUGUUCUUCGGCUGCUCCUUCGCUCACUCCGGGUGGAAAGUACUAGUGUUUUAGAGCCGUGCUGCGUUCAAGUGCUCCUCGGAGGUCGGAAAUCAGUGUUUUCCCAGAUUUCAAGAUAUCAAAUUGGAAUAGUUGAAAGGCCAUAGCGUUAGAGCAGAACUGCCAGAUUUUUGUGUAUGAAAAAGGUCCUGUUCCUGAUUUUUUUUUUCCAUGUAUUUGGGUAGAAUUUUUCUCAUCCCAGUACAAAUAUUUUCUUUAGCUUUGGAUGUCAAAAUAAGUCAGCUGUGUACUGUCUGCUGUGGACUGUAACUAUAAAGUGUUUUAUUAUCCAAGAAUCAGGAAGUGUGUGGUUAGCAUGCUAGUUGUUGUGCAUUACCACGACGGCAAAACUCUGCAUCUGGCCUCUGAAAGCUGUGAAAAGCACUUAGAAAGACAUUGAUGUGAAUACUUAAGAUAUUUGUUGUGAUUUUAGGCUAUAUAAAAAUAAAUGUAAUUGGAUUUAAUCACAAAAUUUAUUUAAAAGUGCAUAUGACAGGUUUUCAUGUUUUUGUAAUUAUUCCUUGGUUCAGUGGGGAUUGUACAUGUGUCAAAUAUUUAUCAUAGUUUUACAGUUAAGUGGCAGUUUGUGGGGAAAAAAAAAAGUUUAGAAAAAAGCACAGAAAUACAGGAAGUAGUGGGGAGUUUUCAAAUUCAAGGACAAUUUACACAUAAGGAAGGUGUUUUUUCUCAUCUUGAACCUCCAUUUAACAACUAGGGAGUUCUCAUUUAUUUUUAUUUGUCAGAUAAAAAACAGUUUGUGAUUUAGGUAUGUUUUGGCACUUGUUUACGUUAUGGUUGCUGGGUAACAGUUAUGAAAUUACCUUUACGCGUACACUUGUCAAACCAGGAAGUAGAAUCAUGAACUUUGCCAAAAUGGAAAAAGUACAGAAACUUUUAGUCAAAUCUUAAAUAUGAUAAUGAUAAUGUUGGAUAUGUUUAGUGAAAUGAGUAAUCUGACCUGUCAAAUGCACAACUUAAAGGUCCUAUAUUACACCAAAUUGACUCUUGUGAGCUUCAAGUAAAGUUAAAAUGCUGUUACCUCAUCGAAAACAUACCUGGAGUUGUGUUUUUUUUCAUUCGAACAUGCAUAGUUUGUGAGUUAAACAUGUGUGAAUGAAACAAAACCCAACUCCAGGUCUGUUUGUGAUGAGGAAACAACAUUAUAACAUAGAUCACAAAAUAGUGUAAUAUGGGCCCUUUAAAAUCACGACCUCCGAGGAGCACUUGAAUGUAGCAGAAAAUCUUUCACCAAAAUGUGGACCAAGAAGUGCACACGUUCACAAAUCAGUGUCUCCAUGUCAACCACUUAUUUCAGAUGUAGCUUUGCAGAAGGCGGUACUAGAAAUACAACAUGUGUUUUCGUAUUUAAAAACUAGCCUUUUUUUUGUACAUGAACAAUGCUAUGGAAACAUUUGGUGACGUAAUGAUGCAAUUUUGUUUUUUUUAAUAUUUAGUUUUAGCUUGUUUGGUGUUGUUUCUUACAGCUACUGCCUCCUUUAGCCUUUUGUUUGUUACAUCACUGUGAAAAUACAGUUUAAAGCUCCCGUGUUAUGUUAUAGAGAUGUUUGGGGGGGUUAUAAUCUAUUUCUCUCCUCUAAAACAAACCUGGAGUAGUGUUUUGUUUCAUUCACGUAUGUGUUUAGUAAUCCCCCUCUCUGUUUCCCCUUCUUUGGACCACAGAUCUCUUGCCCCCACCUUGUGAUGUCAUCAGGUGGUAACCCAGGAAGUGUUACCCUUUGUUUUUAAACCCCACUGUCCUAAAUUUGACCCAUUUUGAUCAUUUCUGUGCUCAGAUUUACUUCACUACACACUAUUUUUAGCCUGAUUAAAAACUGCAUUAGUUUGUUGGGGUUUUUUUUACAUUAAUGGUCUGUAACCUUUUCUGGUGGUUUGACUGGCAUGCUCCUCUUUAUGGUAUUAAACUUGUCUGUCUCCACGGUGACAAGCAGGUGGCUCCACUAAACCAAGUUGCAGGUCAGAUCUGUGGAGAGGAGCAUGCUUACAGUUUUAAGAAUGCACGAAAUAGAUGCAAGAUCGAAGUUUAAUUCCAUAUUGCGGAACACAGAAGGCAAAGCAGUAACUUCGCCAUGGAGACAAGCAGGUAAUGCAUUCUCCAACAGAAAAGUUACACAGUGCAGCUUUAUAGUUAUAUCAUUCCACAGCGUGAAAUGUAUGUCGAAAAGCCCAAAUAAUGCGUAAUAUGGGAGCUUUAAGUUACACAGUUAUACUAGAUUUUGUUUUAUAAAUAUUUAACAUUGAGGAGACUUGAGCCUAUGACAAUGAUUACGCUGUUACACUGUUUUUAAAUGUUUUGUGCAAAGAUAAUCUGGCAGUAUUCACCUGAACUGUGUCAUUGUAGCAGGACUUGGGGUUUUGUUGAGUCCGGUUUACAAAGUGUUGAUGCUGUUAAUAAUAAAACGGAAUCACAUGAC